UUUUUUCACAAAAAACAGUAGAAAACCGUAGUAGAAAGCAUAGCAAAUUCCAUAAGAACUGCGUACUGCCUGAAGGAAUUUUGACUCAAGAAAACUUCUUAGCCCUUUUUUGUACGUCAUUUUAUAUGGAGUUUUUGUUUUUCUUGACAGCUACAUACAGGCCUCUAACUUAGUCCCGUUGUCUCAUGUGGGCAACUUGCUGCUUUUGAAUUUUUAUAAAGAUGUGUUUUUCAAUAAAAAUAUGUGCUCAAAACAAGGGAGUAUGCUAUUUUUGUGAAUACAGUAAUUUUCGUCAUGGGGAUUGUACUCGUACGCACUUUUGGAAUGAAAUCUUCUAGGAUGAAAUGCCCAAGUACAAAGACUUUUCAGCAAUGAGAAUUUCGCCUGCGAUGAAACUGACAGAUCUUCUGCGAUGGUUUUACACUUUUCACUUUUGGGCGGAUUUAAAAUUUUUGGGUGAAUUUUUUUUCGGCUGGAACUCAGGAUUAUGUGGACAAAAAUUCCUUACUUUCUCCUUAUUCAUUUCCUUAUUUUGUCUGUUUGGACCUUAAGCCCGCUUUAAUCACAAUAGCAACCCUAAAAACUUAUCGUAUCGUGACAUUUUGGAGUGCUUCUACAUCUACGUCAAAGAUAAUUCGUCUCACUACUAUUUCACCAAUUACAUUUUUAAAAAACAUAAAUAUUUAAAAAACAUGGAUGAUGAAAAAUUAAUUCAAUUAGUGAAAAGUAAUGAGCUCAUUUACAACAAAUAUGAUGCGGACUACAAAUCUAUGGAAAAAAAGAAGGCCACUUGGCAAAGGAUAGCACGCGAGAUGGAGUCCACCGAAUCGGAUUGCGUACGCCGUUGGUCAUGCCUACGUGAUCGGUACACCAAGGAAAGCCGCCGUUUGACUGCACUUUCUAAUAAUGGAAUGACAACAUCCCAGCUAUGGCCACUAUUUGCAGAAAUGGAGUUCUUAAAACCACACAUUCUCAAUCGCAGUAAAUCAAUACUAGGUACCUCGUCCUAUUCGGUUAAAUUAAAAGAGCCGUCAACAGAAUUUGAAGAAUGUGACUCGCAUUUGACAGAGCAGGAAGAUCCUAUAGAAUAUGAAUAUCUUACAUCAUUUUUAUCGAAAGAAGAAAUAGAAAUACAGCAAGAGGUAUUCGAUGAGUAUCUACCAACAGAAACACAAUCGCCCGAACCUUACCUUACAUCUUCCACACCUUACCAUAAGAGACAAACCUCCGAUCCAAAGCCUUCGCAUUCAUCUACUUCGAAUACUGAAAAUCAUCAUACCAAAGGUAGAAAAAGAUCUUGUGAACCUGAUGUCGAAGAAGAGCUAAAAAAGGCUUUGGAAAUAUUUAAAGAAGUUUGUGGGGCAGCAAGAAUGCGUCGACAAAAUCCUGCUGUGUAUGGUUUUGGACAAAUGGUUGUCGAAACUAUUUGUCAAAUGAGUACACGAAAACAGGCUAUUGCUAUGCAAAAAGUUACAGAGUUGGUAAUGACUCUUAAAAUGGAGCCGGAUAGUAUGGAGUAGGUGUAGAAACUUGUAAAUAUUUAUCGAGUUUAGUUUGAAAGUAAAUUUAAGUGGACAGUAAUAAAAACAAAGUAUGCAAAAUUAUAUAAUUUCUCAAUCUAUUUUGCUGUGUGGCUCUUGUAGGCGCAGAAAUGAGCGUAAAUAUUAAUGCUAUGGUAUUUAAUAGCAACGAAGAAUGUGUCAGCUAAACCCUUGUGCACCAUUCUGCCAAUUCAAGUGACCAACCUAAUUGUUAUCCCAGCUUUGGUUGCUUUUCGAAGAAAUGAAUUAUUUAUCAAACAAACAAACGUAAUGCUGCAACAACCCCUAAAAAAGCAAAUAAAGGAAUUAUAACCACGUACAAAAACGGUUACGUUCCGGCAACCAUCUGGUCUACGUCACAGAAACGAACGAAUUUAUUCGCCGAAAGUUUUAAUGCUCAAAUAACACAAGAAAUAGCAAAACACUAAUUAAAACCACAUAUUUUUCGUUUUGUUUUUGUUGUAUUAUCAAUUUAAUUGUUCUGCACAUGUUUUUAUUCUCAGACGAUUAGUAUUUUUUAUUAUUUAUUUUUGUCGUAGUAGCAUUGUUGCAUAUAAUUUCUAUAAGGACAAAUAAUUAUAUUUGUGUUUGUAUAUGUUUUUGUAAGGAAAAUGUUCUGCUUAUCUGGAAAAUGUUGUUGAUUUUUGGUACACACUUAGUAAAUACAAAUAAAAUAUUUU